AAACCUUUUUCCAAAAAGGACAAAGGAACUUAAAUCAGUUGUUCAUAGUGCUCCUGGUUGGAAAUUAUUUGGUAAAGUCCCUCCUAGAGAGAAUAUUCAGAAAACUUCUAAAACCAUUCAGCAGGAAUAUGAAGCACGAACAGGGAGGAUCUGUAAACCACCACCUCCAUCUUCAAGACGUAAAAAUUUUGAAUUUGAGCCACUUUCUACCACUGCCCUGAUUCUUGAGGAUCGACCAUCAAAUCUUCCUGCCAAAUCUGUGGAAGAAGCUUUGCGUCACCGACAAGAAUAUGAUGAGAUGGUGGCUGAGGCAAAAAAACGAGAAAUUAAAGAAGCACAUAAAAGAAAAAAAAUAAUGAAAGAACGAUUUAAACAGGAAGAAAGUAUUGCAAGUGCAAUGGUAAUUUGGAUCAAUGAAAUACUGCCCAAUUGGGAAGUAAUGCGUAGUACGAGAAGAGUUCGAGAAUUGUGGUGGCAGGGAUUGCCCCCUAGUGUUCGUGGGAAAGUUUGGAGUCUAGCUGUAGGAAAUGAACUAAAUAUCACUCCUGAACUUUAUGAAAUUUUCCUCUCAAGAGCAAAAGAACGAUGGAAAAGCUUUGGUGAAACAAGUUCAGAGAAUGAUACAGAAGGUAUAUCUGUUGCUGAUCGAGAGGCCAGUCUGGAAUUAAUUAAAUUGGACAUAUCCCGUACAUUUCCAUCUCUCUACAUCUUUCAGAAGGGUGGCCCAUAUCACGAUGUCUUACAUAGUAUUUUAGGAGCGUACACAUGUUACAGACCAGAUGUUGGUUAUGUCCAAGGGAUGUCCUUCAUUGCAGCAGUCCUCAUUCUCAAUUUGGAAGAGGCAGAUGCCUUCAUUGCAUUUGCAAAUCUCCUGAAUAAGCCAUGCCAAUUGGCCUUUUUUCGUGUGGAUCACAGCAUGAUGUUGAAAUAUUUUGCAACAUUUGAAGUAUUCUUUGAAGAAAAUCUCUCCAAACUAUUUCUUCAUUUCAAGUCUUAUUGUCUUACACCAGAUAUAUACUUGAUAGACUGGAUCUUCACAUUAUAUAGCAAAUCACUACCACUUGAUCUGGCCUGUCGAGUCUGGGAUGUAUUUUGCAGAGAUGGGGAGGAAUUUUUAUUUAGGACUGGAUUAGGUAUCCUUCGAUUAUAUGAAGAUAUUCUCCUACAGAUGGACUUUAUUCACAUAGCACAAUUUCUAACUAAAUUGCCAGAAGAUAUCACAUCAGAAAAGCUGUUCGGCUGUAUUGCAGCCAUUCAGAUGCAAAAUAGCACCAAAAAAUGGACUCAGGUCUUUGCAUCUGUAAUGAAAGAUAUUAAAGAAGGAGACAAGAACAAUAGUCCUGCUCUGAAAAGCUGAUCUACAAAAUGAACAGGCUAAUUGAAAUAUAAAAAAUGUUUUUUUGGAUAGAAGUUUUUGUUUCCUAUGUAGAAAGCAUGGAAGAAAAUGUUAGAGAAAUCUAAAAGAAUCAAGAGGUGGAAAACUGCUGAUUUUAAAUCCCAUAGCUGAAAUAAACAAAAUAAGUAACUUAUUGGCAGUAUUAUAUUGAAAAAUAUUUUAUAGGUGGAGCCAUUUUUCAAAGGAAAGUUUCAAUGGCUAGUUCAUACUCCAUAAUUUGGAGUGAACAGUUUAACGCAAUAAAUUUUUUAAAUAGCUUUGGAGAUACUUCAAAUUUUUACAUCUUUUCUUUUUUAACAAUUACCACAGUGGCACUUUGGAGGUCUGAGUAUGAUUAUUAAAUACUACUUUAACCUCCAAAAUACUAUAGUACAGAUAUUAUCUCCAGAUCUGACCGUUUGAAGAUACUACAGACCAAGAGUAAGCACUGACUGUAAAUCAUAUAAGUCACUAAAGAUGUUGUUUACCUUCAUUCACAGGUUGGAGCAAAUUUGGGUUUUCUGGGAAAUGGAAACAUUAGUGGGAGAUUAUUGUUUGUUUAGGUGUUUUUCCACAAUAUUGUGUCUAUUUGUUUUUGAAGGGAAAUUCUUUCUCUUCCUUAAGGAGUUCCUAUCAAAGAGUUUUAGCCUCUCUGUUUCUAACAAACUGCUCAUCUAGUAAUUUUACAUUAAGAAAACUAAAAACUGGUAGAAGGAAAGUUCUUUGCACUUUAAUGGAUUGAAGACUUGACUUUGAGAGUAAGUCCAAAAAAAUAAAUGAGGAUUUUCCCUAGUAAGAAUUAAAAGUAAUGAAUCCUGAGAGUUCAAGCAUGCUACUCAGCAAGACUUUAAAUUUUUUAGUUAAAAUAACUCCACUGUCUGUAGAAACAAAAUUUGUUAAUUUCAGUUUAAAAUUUGAAAUCUUAAUACAUAGCUAAGUCCAUGACUUGUAAAACACCAGGCAUAAUUUUUUCUAAUCAGUGGAAAUAAGAGUAAAAUAAGAAGGUAAAAUUAACUUUUUUUCUGAGUCUAACUUUGAUAGCAUUAUGGAUAAAGAAAUUAUUAAUCAUUGGUAAAUUGGCAUUGUUUAUUACACUAUAUUUAAUUUUUACACCUAAACUAAAUCACUUUAGUAUUAUUAGUGAUUGCUGUAUAACAUGCUAUUUGGUUAAUAAUUAGAUUUAUAGUGUGUUUUUAUGUUGCAGUUUGGUUUGAAACGACACUUAAGCACACUAUUUCUAUUAGUGGUAUAUAGUCUUUACACUAACAAGCUUGAGAUCCUUGUUAAUGUAGUGACUGCCUCUUUAGGAGUAUGGGACCAGAGGAUGCCCAAAUAUUUUUACCCCAUGGGUCAUUCUAGUUGAGGGACUACUAGUGGAACCCUCAGAAGUUAACUCCUGUCAUAGGGGCUUGUUUAGUGGAAACCGGCAGUGUAAUAAAAUAUUGAGGGAGUAGGAUGACCUUUUAAUUCUGGUAACUACAUCCUUGGUAUUGGUGUUUCUGAUAGAGGGAAUGUAACCUCUGGCAGUAAUCUCAUUGAGGUUAUUCUACUUGCCUAAAUUUAAUCUUACUUUUAUGUAUUCGUUCCCUGAAUUGGACCUAAGUUACUGUAUUUCUUUUUCUUAUUUUUUAUUGUACAGUUUCUUUACCUUUCAAGUAUAAAUGUGUAUAUAAAAUGUAAAUACAAGGAAUUCACUAAAAACCACUCAUAACAAUUACUGUGUAAAUAAAACUCGUAAGCAGAGUAAUUA